CACAACCCAAACUUUUCAUUUCCCUUGCACUCAAACUUGGAGCAGACGGCGAACACGUUCCGUCUUUGUCUCUUUAUUCUCUUUCUAUGGGAUGUGUCAAGUCCCGGUUGAAACCUUUCGCAGCUAUUGUUAGCGCACUCCGUGGUGUCCCUGCGAUCCAAAUUCUAGAUCCCACAACCAACAGCCAGAAUGUCUGCCGAAGUUGAGUCUGCUCCACGCGGCAGCACUCUGGAGGAAGAUGAAGGUCACGACGGCGAUCUUGCGUCUGACGGUGACGGAGAUCUAUUUGGAGACGACGAUGAAGAGGAGCAACGGAAUGACCUCCAUAGAAAAUUAGACGAUUCAGAACUUGACUCCGGCGAUGACGAUGGUCGAAACGAUCGCGUUGCAACCACUGUGGAAGACGAGGAGGGUCUCUACGAAGAGCAGAAACAACUCAAACUUCUGGACGUGGACAUAGCACGAGUCAAACCACCCGAAGGCGACGAACUAUACCUCCUGAACAUUCCAAACUUCCUAGGUGUCAAACACAGAAAUUUUGACCCCUCGAGCUAUGAACCGCCCACCAGGCCCCAUGAUGGCCGCGAUCCCACGGCAGACUCUACUGCCAAAUUCUCCCCAUUCUCCACAGCCAAUACCUCCAUCUUCUGGCGCCGAGAUCCCAAGAACCCUGAAGUCAUACAAUCAAACUCGCGCAUAGUCCGCUGGUCGGACGGCAGUUUCACUCUACAGAUCGCCUCUAAGCCUCAAGACCAUUAUCGAAUCUCCACUACCGCAAUGCGACAGGGUUGGCCUAAGAAGCUGUCUGGUUCGCAACAUCAAGACUACGAUCCUACAAAGGAAACAAACCACUUCCUUGCUGCGCCUCACGCUGCGGCAGGCAUUGAUCUCCAAAUAAUUGCCCCCUUCGAUGCGUCGAUGAAGAUCCAGCCCGCGGGCGACCAAGCAGACGAGGCCGAAAUGAAACUCCGCCAAUCUAUUGCUGCCACCACGCAAAUGCACGAAUCCCCCACAACCUUCAAGUCUGUCAAAGAAGACCCUGAACUGGCUAAGAAGGCUGCGGAGAUGUUCGAAAAGGAGCGUGCUCGGGCGGACCGCCGCAGAGAGGCUGCUCAAGACCGGCAGUUCAUGCGUAGGGACCGCGUAUUGGGGAAAUCUGGGCUCGGUCGUUCAAUAGGUGGUGCAGGUCUCUCUAUUGCGGGAUUGGAAGAUGAUGACGGAAUGCCCACGGCCAGAGGGAAGAAGGCGACAGCUAAGCGACGCAAGACGAAUCGGCGCGGAGAUAUCUACUCGGAUGACGAAGAUGAGGAAACAUUCCGCCGGAGAGGUAGAGAAGAUGAGUAUGAUCGCGAAGAUGAUUUCCUCGCUGCGAGCGAUGAAGAACCUGAGAUUUACGAAGAUGAAGGAGAGGAGGAAGUCGAAGCCGAAGAAGAUCCGGAUGUUGACGACUUAGAGAUUGAGGGACGUGAGACGGUGAUUGAAAACCGCACUCGAGGCGGUGCUAGGGACCGAGAUCGAACUCCCAAACGCGCUUUGCGGGACGAGGACGAAGACGCCGAGGGCGAAGAAGACAACGAGGUUGGAGAAAGCAGAAGAGCUGUGGGAAGUCCUGCGGCCCGCAAGAAGAGGAGAAUCAUCGACGACGACGACGAAGACGAGGAGUAGUCGUCUCAUUGGGCUUUGUCGCACCCCUUGCCCUCCUAUCCUGUCUUGGAUAGCAUCGGUUCCGAAGUCGACCAGAUUCAUGGAUGGGUGCCAGUGCGACCGUUGGUGUUGUCAGAGCCCCUCGAUGCUACACACGAGGCAGCGAACCACGAGUCCUCGGCAUUUCGAGAUGUCAGCUAUGCAAACGGUUACAAACCUGGACAUGGCAUUUUUGCAUCCCGCUCUGCAUUGAAUUCCGCGGCAAAAAGGACGGGCAUAUUGGAUGCCAUGAUAUCGAAUGAUAUCAUUCACUUCGACUACCUCUUCUCCGCGGACACCACGGUCGCUCCCUGGCUCCCCGGCUCCCUGGUCACAGAGGAGUUGAGCUGCUCGCAGCAUUCCAACGACGCCGUGUCGCGUCAUGCCGUGCCGAGCCACGCCACGACCUAGCACUGGGCUCCGUGUCAACCUGACUCAAGCGCCAUGCUUUCUUGACCUUCCUUGACACGCGAACAUGUCAAGAUGUUGGCUUCACAGGCAGAACAUAGGGGCAGAGAACCGAGAAAAAGACCUCGGAAAGCCACUGAGGAGCAGAGCCUUCAGGACACGAACAGCCGAAAUAAACAAGGCACCAAAAAUGUGGUGGUUUUUUUUUUGGAAAAAAAAAAAAUUCUGAAUCUUCAUUUUCUCAAAUCUAUCUUGUUCUCCUCUUUCAUCCUCCUCGUGGAUCCUUUCUCGUCUUCGUAGGAUGACUUUUCGGACUAACAGUACAGGAGAAACAGCGCAGUCACGCUGAAUACACGGCCUGUGGCUUGGACAUAACGCUAUUUUCUUGCUGCGAUAUCCGAGACCCCUCAGGAAGAGCUGCUCUAUGCAGCUCUAGGACUGAAUGCCUUCACCAGGGGGUUAUAAUACAACACAAUUCGAAAACCCACUUCUGGACAGAACCGGCUUUCCUGGCUGACCACGGUAUCCACGGUCCAAAGGGCUCAAUGCAAAUAUCACACAAAGUCAACAAUCAAUCG